AUCAUGCUGUCUGAAAAGAUGUCAAACCUAAUGUAAAAAUAUUCUCGCUGUUUAGCUAUAUUGUGGCGUUUUAUUUAACACUCAGUGUUCUGAUAAUAUUAUACGUUUAUGAAUAGUGAUUUCCACUGAACAAUGGCCCGAGUUGUGAAAGUGUUAAGGACUUUACGAAAUCAUUGGAAAAAAUCGACUUUUGCAGUAUGUGUCCUGUCCUAUGGUGGACACUGGAUGUACGGAAAGCACUGUGACAGUGUACUGCGACGAGAGGCAUGUCAGGAGGCUAGGGAAUUUGGUCAAAAACUAAUUGGUCCCCAGGAGUCACUGAAGAAAGCAACAGUAAUCCUGAAUCCUGCAGCAUGCAAAGGAAAAGCUAACAGUCUGUUUGAAAAGAAUGCAGCCCCUAUUCUACAUCUUGCUGGCAUUGAAGUUAAGGUUAUAAAGACAGAUUAUGAAGGGCAAGCCAAAAAGCUCAUGGAUCUGAUGGAAGAGACAGACAUGUUGAUUGUUGCAGGCGGUGAUGGAACACUGCAGGAGGUGAUAACUGGCUUGCUGCGCAGAGCUGAUGAGGAAGCAUUUAGUAAAACUCCUAUUGGCUUCAUUCCUCUGGGCUUUAAGAACAACUUAAGCCAAAGUCUGCAUAUAGUUACUGAUGACAAAGUAAAGCACAUCACAUCAGCAACACUGUCUAUUCUGAAAGGUGAGACGGUGCCACUAGAUGUGCUUCAGAUAAAGAGUGAGAAGGAGCAGCCUGUCUUUGCUCUCUUAAGUUUGCGCUGGGGUUCCUUUCGAGAUGUUGCAGCAUCCAUUAGCAAAUAUUGGUAUCUUGGACCGUUAAAAACAAGGGCAGCACAUUGGUUUAGUACACUAAGGGAUUGGCCACAGAUGCAUCAUGCUUCUGUUUCAUACCUGCCUCCUAUCCCUCGACCCCCAGACCUGCCUGAUGUGAAGCCUGUGAGACCCAGUCUCCUCUAUCGCAUCUAUCGGAGACUUAAAAACUACUGGGCACCUCCUGUAGAAGAGCCCCAGGUAGAGGCAGAACCAGAGCCUUGGGAGGAUAAACAGAUCUCCACACUGGAGCUCACAAUCAGCACACACAACAGAAAUCCAGUGAAAAGAAGGACAGAUGACUCCCUGGUGCUCUCUGUGGAACCGGACGAGCUUCCAGUUGGACAGUUCAUCACAGAAGGGACUAAAAAAGCUGAAAACCCAUUUGAGUACACAGAGAAGGCCUUUCAGGUAGAGGCAAGCGUAUGUCGGCUCAGUUUACCCCAGGAGGGCGCUGGCUUUUUUGAUGUUGACAACGAAGCGUUUGAGGCGAUGCCAGUGGAAGUGAAGCUUUUGCCAAGGAAACUAAGGUUCUUUUGCAGCUCUGAACGCAGAGACCAGCUGGCACAGAUGAACUAGCCAACAUGCUGCAGUGAAACGCUGGGAAAAGUUCUAAACACUGCUGUCUAAUUUAUUGGACUUUUACCAAUCUAUCACAAACUUCUUCUGCCUGGGCGCUAAGUACACAGCAUCAGAGCAAUAUCAUGACAUCAUAUUGUCAUGUUGGUGUAAUAUGUUUUGAUUGUUAAAUAUUUUCCCAUGGAUUUCAUGUCUAAAAGGAAUGACUAAUGUAUGUAAGAUAAAACAAAUGCCUCCAAGCAUAGUUAAUCAGUGCGCUGCAGUAGGCGUAACACCAGGACGCUGAAUGAGAACUGCUUGUUUUCCUCAAUAUGAAUGUGAUGGGAGGAAGGUAGAGGGUGCAGUACUGUUCAGCUCCAUUAACAUGGCAUCUAACAAACUAUGUUGUUUAUAUGUGGACCAAUGACCAGACAUAAAUAACAAGAACUACUGUAUAUGACUUAUUAUUACAUCUGAUUAUAAAACAGUUAUCUAAAAAACA